UUACUAGUGAGGGGAAGAUGGCGGACGCAACCGUGGUGCUUCCCGCAGAGUGGAUAAAGAACUGGGAGAAAACAGGGAGAUGCGAAUUCUUGCAUUUAUGCCGGCUUCUCAGUGAAAAUAAAAGCCAUGACAGUUCUACUUACAGAGAUUUUCAGCAAGCCUUGUAUGAGUUAUCAUAUCAUGUCAUUAAAGGAAAUUUAAAGCAUGAACAAGCAUCUAAUGUUCUUACUGAUAUUAGUGAAUUUCGUGAAGAUAUGCCCUCCAUUCUUGCUGAUGUAUUCUGUAUAUUAGAUAUUGAGACAAAUUGUUUAGAAGAAAAAAGCAAGAGAGACUAUUUUACACAAUUGGUAUUAGCAUGUUUGUAUUUAGUUUCAGACACAGUUCUAAAGGAACGCUUGGAUCCAGAUACAUUGGAAUCAUUGGGGCUUAUCAAACAAUCACAGCAAUUCAAUCAAAAGUCAGUUAAAAUCAAGACAAAGCUCUUCUAUAAACAGCAAAAAUUUAAUUUGUUAAGAGAAGAGAAUGAAGGUUAUGCCAAGCUGAUUGCUGAGUUGGGACAAGAUUUAUCUGGAAAUAUUACUAGUGAUUUAAUCUUAGAAAAUAUCAAGUCUUUAAUUGGAUGCUUCAAUCUGGAUCCCAAUAGAGUACUGGAUGUCAUUUUAGAAGUAUUUGAAUGCAGGCCAGAACACGAUGACUUCUUUAUAUCUUUAUUAGAAUCUUACAUGAGUAUGUGUGAACCGCAAACACUGUGUCAUAUUCUUGGGUUCAAAUUCAAGUUUUAUCAGGAACCAAGUGGUGAAACUCCGUCAUCUUUAUACAGAGUUGCAGCUGUACUUCUACAAUUUAAUCUUAUUGAUUUAGAUGAUCUUUACGUUCAUCUUCUUCCAGCUGAUAGUUGCAUUAUGGAUGAACAUAAACGAGAAAUUGUGGAAGCUAAGCAAAUUGUUAGAAAACUUAACAUGGUUGUAUUGUCUUCUGAAAAAAUGGAUGAGAGAGAAAAAGAAAAGGAGAAAGAUGAUGACAAAGUAGAGAAGCCACCUGACAACCAAAAACUUGGUCUAUUGGAAGCCUUGUUAAUGAUUGGUGAUUGGCAGCAUGCACAGAACAUUAUGGAUCAGUUGCCUCCAUACUAUGCAGCUUCACAUAAACAAAUAGCCCUCGCUAUUUGCAAGCUCAUUCACAUAACUGUUGAGCCUCUCUAUAGAAGAGUUGGUGUUCCUAAAGGUGCUAAAGGUUCACCUGUUGAUGCUUUGCAAAAUAAGAGAGCGCCAAAACAAGCAGAGAGCUAUGAAGAUUUGAGGAGAGAUGUAUUCAAUAUGUUCUGUUACCUUGGUCCUCACCUUUCUCAUGAUCCCAUUUUGUUUGCAAAAGUGGUGCGCAUAGGCAAGUCAUUUAUGAAGGAGUUUCAGUCUGAAGGAACCAAGCAAGAAGAUAAAGACAAAACGGAAGUUAUACUUAGCUGUUUGCUAAGUAUUACUGAUCAGGUACUACUUCCAUCUCUUUCUUUGAUGGACUGCAAUGCUUGUAUGUCUGAGGAACUAUGGGGAAUGUUUAAAACAUUUCCCUAUCAACAUAGGUAUCGCCUGUAUGGCCAGUGGAAGAACGAAACCUAUAACGGCCAUCCACUUUUAGUAAGAGUUAAAGCUCAAACAAUAGACAGAGCCAAAUAUAUCAUGAAGCGUCUGACAAAGGAAAAUGUGAAACCUUCAGGAAGACAAAUUGGGAAGUUGAGCCACAGCAAUCCAACCAUUUUGUUUGAUUAUAUCUUGUCACAAAUACAGAAGUACGAUAACUUAAUAACACCGGUGGUUGAUUCAUUAAAAUAUCUCACUUCAUUGAAUUAUGAUGUUUUGGCCUAUUGUAUCAUAGAAGCUUUAGCUAAUCCAGAAAAGGAGAGGAUGAAACAUGAUGACACAACGAUUUCAAGCUGGCUUCAGAGUCUGGCUAGUUUCUGUGGUGCAGUUUUUCGUAAAUAUCCAAUUGAUCUUGCUGGUCUUCUUCAAUAUGUGGCCAAUCAACUAAAAGCAGGCAAAAGUUUUGAUCUGCUUAUACUGAAAGAAGUGGUACAAAAAAUGGCAGGAAUUGAAAUUACAGAGGAAAUGACAAUGGAGCAACUAGAGGCCAUGACUGGUGGGGAGCAGCUCAAAGCUGAGGGUGGUUAUUUUGGCCAGAUCAGAAACACUAAAAAAUCAUCUCAGAGAUUAAAGGAUGCCCUAUUAGAUCAUGAUCUUGCUCUUCCUCUCUGUUUGCUUAUGGCUCAGCAGAGGAAUGGAGUAAUAUUUCAGGAAGGUGGAGAGAAACAUUUGAAACUUGUUGGAAAACUGUAUGACCAGUGUCAUGAUACUCUGGUACAGUUUGGUGGGUUUUUAGCAUCAAAUCUAAGCACAGAAGAUUAUAUAAAGCGAGUACCUUCAAUUGAUGUGCUCUGUAAUGAAUUUCAUACACCUCAUGAUGCAGCAUUUUUUCUGUCUAGGCCAAUGUAUGCUCACCAUAUUUCGUCAAAAUAUGAUGAACUUAAAAAAUCAGAAAAGGGAAAUAAACAACAGCAUAAAGUACAUAAGUACAUUUCAUCAUGUGAGAUGGUGAUGGCACCUGUCCAUGAAGCAGUGGUCUCCAUACAUGUUGCCAAAGUCUGGGAUGACAUCAGCCCUCAGUUCUAUGCCACAUUCUGGUCAUUGACAAUGUAUGAUCUUGCGGUUCCACAUUCCAGCUAUGAACGCGAAGUCAAUAAACUUAAAGUCCAGAUGAAAGCAAUUGAUGACAAUCAGGAAAUGCCUCCAAAUAAAAAGAAAAAAGAGAAGGAACGUUGUACUGCCCUUCAAGAUAAGCUUCUUGAAGAAGAAAAGAAACAAAUGGAACAUGUGCAGAGAGUGUUACAGAGACUGAAAUUGGAAAAAGACAAUUGGCUUUUAGCAAAAUCUACCAAAAAUGAGACCAUCACAAAAUUUCUACAGCUGUGUAUAUUUCCUCGAUGCAUUUUUUCAGCAAUUGAUGCUGUUUACUGUGCUCGUUUUGUUGAAUUGGUACAUGAACAGAAAACUCCAAAUUUUUCCACACUUCUUUGCUAUGAUCGAGUUUUCUCUGACAUAAUUUACACAGUUGCCAGCUGUACUGAAAAUGAAGCUAGUCGAUAUGGGAGAUUUCUUUGUUGUAUGUUAGAGACUGUGACCAGGUGGCAUAGUGAUCGAGCCACAUAUGAGAAGGAAUGUGGAAACUAUCCAGGAUUCCUUACUAUAUUACGGGCAACUGGAUUUGAUGGUGGAAAUAAAGCUGAUCAAUUAGAUUAUGAAAAUUUUCGACAUGUGGUUCAUAAGUGGCAUUACAAACUAACCAAGGCAUCGGUGCAUUGCCUUGAAACAGGCGAAUAUACUCACAUCAGGAAUAUCUUGAUUGUGCUAACAAAAAUACUUCCUUGGUAUCCAAAAGUUCUGAAUCUGGGUCAGGCUUUGGAAAGAAGAGUACAUAAAAUCUGCCAAGAGGAAAAAGAGAAGAGGCCAGAUCUAUAUGCAUUGGCAAUGGGCUACUCUGGGCAGUUGAAAAGUAAAAAGUCAUACAUGAUACCUGAAAAUGAGUUUCAUCACAAAGACCCCCCUCCGAGGAAUGCUGUUGCCAGUGUACAAAAUGGGCCUAGUGGUGGGCCUUCUUCAUCAUCCCUAGGAAGUGCAUCUAAAUCGGAUGAAAGCAGUACUGAGGAGACUGAUAAAUCAAGGGAGAGAUCUCAGUGUGGUGUGAAAGCUAUUAAUAAAGCUUCUAGUGCCACACCAAAAGGGAAUUCAAGCAAUGGAAAUAGUGGCUCUAACAGCAGCAAAGCUGUUAAAGAAACUGACAAAGAAAAAGGGAAAGAGAAAGAAAAAGAAAAAAAAGAAAAGACUCCAGCUACUACUCCAGAGGCCAGGGUACUUGGUAAAGACGGUAAAGAAAAACCAAAAGAAGAGCGGCCCAAUAAAGAUGAAAAAGCAAGAGAGACCAAGGAAAGAACACCUAAGUCUGACAAAGACAAAGAAAAAUUCAAGAAGGAAGAAAAAUCUAAAGACGAGAAAUUCAAAACAACUGUCCCCAGCACAGAAUCGAAGUCUACUCAAGAAAGGGAUCGAGAGAAGGAGCCAUCCAGAGAAAGAGAUGUAACAAAGGAAAUGAAAUCAAAGGAAAAUGUUAAAGGAGGAGAAAAAACACCAAUUUCUGGGUCCUUGAAGUCACCUGUUCCCCGAUCAGAUAAUGCAGAGCCUGAAAGGGAACAGAAACGCCGCAAAAUUGAUACACAUCCUUCUCCAUCACAUUCCUCCACAGUAAAGGACAGUCUCAUCGAACUCAAGGAAUCUUCAUCAAAGCUCUACAUUAAUCAUACUCCUCCACCAAUAUCCAAGAGUAAGGAGAGAGAAAUGGACAAGAAAGAGUUGGACAAGUCAAGGGAAAGAUCCAGAGAAAGAGAGAAAAAAGAUGAAAAGGACAGGAAAGAGCGGAAAAGGGAUCACUCAAACAAUGACCGUGAAGUACCACCGGACUUAACCAAGAGGCGGAAAGAGGAAAAUGGCACAAUGGGGGUUUCAAAACACAAAAGUGAAAGUCCCUGUGAGUCUCCUUAUCCAAAUGAGAAAGACAAGGAAAAAAAUAAAUCAAAAUCUUCAGGCAAAGAAAAAAGUGGUGACUCAUUUAAAUCUGAGAAGAUGGAUAAACUAUCCUCCGGUGGCAAAAAGGAGUCCAGGCAUGAUAAAGAAAAGAUAGAAAAGAAAGAAAAACGGGACAGUUCAGGAGGAAAGGAAGAGAAGAAACAUCAUAAGUCCUCGGACAAGCACAGAUAAUGAAGACUUUCAAUCAAGGGUAUGGACAGGACCCCUAAAGCUGAAGGUCUCCCAGAGGAGGAUGCCAAAGCUCCAUGCGCCACUCAGAACGGUAUCUUCCCUAACUUAAGAGCUUCUGGUGCUGUCCAUUUAAUGGGAAUCUGCUUUAAGUCAGAAGAAGAAUAUAUACCACCAUCCUCUUGAUGAGACAUUCCAAAGUCACUGAUUUUCAGAACAUUAUUUUCACCUCCAGGCAUUUUCUUGCAGCAAGGCCCCUGUGCAUACAAUUUUUACUCGAGAUACGCCAUCCAGAAGCAGCAUCAAAUGAAAAAUUCACUGAAUAUAGUUCAUCCUUCUUUCUCAGAAAGGAAAGGAAAUCAACUCCUGGAACUAGUUCCUUAAUGAUGUAGAUAGGUUGUCUUUGUAAUCAUGUGGUUUGAGGGUUUUGGCUUCUUGUAAAUUUUUUAAAUUUUAGUUGUUCCUGGGAAAGAUCUUCUUUAUAUAUUUUACCAGUAACAGCAAUUUUAUCUUUGGAUUUGCCGUUAAAUAUGCCAUCAAAUUUCACCUUGCCCAGUUACUCACUUCAUAUGACAUCUUCAUGGUUGAGAACCCAUUUCUAAUUCUUCAAAGUUAUAGUCAUAUGGAUACCAUGAUGAUCUUUAUUGGCUUUUUUAAUUUAAAAACAUGAUCUAAAUUAUCCAUUUUGAACUGCAUAAUUGAGGAGUCUUUAUACUUCUUAUGUUGUGCAUUCACCCCAUUGUGUAAUGUCAGAGCAUCUCAUCUUCAAAAGAAGCCCCAAAUGUAUUAGCAACUUGUUUAAUUUAAUUUUUUUUUACUUUAAUUACUUUACAGGUAGGUUCUUGAAUUUUUGUUCCAGGCCAACCUCAGACCGUGAUCCUCCUACCUAUGGCCUCCCACAUAGCUGGGAAGAUAGGCAUGUACCACUAUGCCUGGCAUAUUGGUUGAGAUGAGGUCUUGCUAACUUUUUGCUUGGGCUGGACUUGAACUGCGAUCCUCUCAAUCUCUGCCUCCUAAGUAGCUGGGAUUACAGGCAUGGGCCUCUUAAGCCCAGCAGCAGUCAUUUUUAAUACUCCCCUUCCCUCUGCCUCUGGAACUACUAAUGUACUUUCUGUCUAUGAUUUUGGAUAUUUCAUAUAAAUGGAAUCAUGUAAUAUUGUGGCCUUUUGUGUCUAGAAUCUUUUGCUUGGCAUCAUGUUUUCAAGAUUCAUUCAUGUUAUAGCAUGUAUCAAUGCUCCAUUCCUUCUUAAUGCUAAAUAUUUCACUGAAUGAAUGUGUAUCAUAUUUUGUUUAUUCAUUAUUUGAUGGACAGGAACAAUGAAUUUUUAAGUAUUAAAAUUGUAAGUUUAACAUCAAUGUAUCUGCAAUUCUAAUUGAUAAUGUCAAGAUUAUACAUGAUGUGAGCAGAAUGAUGUGUAGAAAUGAUAUGUAAAUUAUUUGUCAACAUUUCAUGCAAGUGUGAUUAUUUUCUAAGGCCUCUUCUCACUCUGAUAUUAUGAAAUCUAUGAAUGUAGUAUUUUCAUCAAUAAAAUUUGAUGCAUUAAGCACUAGCUUAAAAUUUGAGUGAGCAAUAUUAGGCAGAAUGGCAUAAUUUGCUACAUAUUGUAAUCAUGUUUUGAAUUUAUUUCAUUAUGCAGUAUUUGAAAAAAUGUCAAUACAUAAAAGAAAGGAAAUGAGUAUAAUUGAGUCAAUAUAUUUUUAAAGCAAUUUUUAUAAUUUAGUAGACAUUGCAUCUUAAUAUAAGUCACUAUUAAAAUUGUGUCCUUGCAAAAAAUGUGAUGUCAUUUUUUUCUUUUUUUUUCUUUUUUUUGAGUUGGUCAUUUAAAAUAGGUUUGUUUUCUUUUUGUUUUCUUUACUACAUGUUCUAUAUUCCUUUUAAUUUUGAUAAGCUAUUGUUUGCCCUGUGAAUGUUUACUUGGCUACUGUUUCUUUUUCUCUACAUCUGCAUCUUUUCUCUUACAAACAAUUUUAAAUGUUUAGCUCUUUUUAAAAGUCAUGGUAUGUCUAUUUUCAUGGUUUCUAAGAAUGGACAAUGAAAAGACACAAAUAUUCCAUCCUUUUCUUAGAACUUUGUUGUUGAUAAAACUCACUUUUCUCAGCUUUUUCUUCCUUCCUCUCUCUCCUUUCCCCUUUUUUCCCCAGUUUACUGUUUCUACUUUUCUUUUGACUCGCUGUUUCCUUUUUUCCCUCCUUUUCUCCUCUCUGGCCAUCUUUCCUUCCUCCUUCCAAAUCUUUCACUUUAAUCACUUUGUUUUUUUCAGGUGAGAUUGGAUUGAAAUUAUUCAACAGUGAGCAGAAAUUUAUUUCCUGAGUAGAUUGCCAAGAAUUAUGACGAGGGCCCCUUUGUACCUCCUUAAAUUAUUCAGUUAUCUGCUUCUUUGCUCUAUGUGGAAAACCUAAAAUUGUUGAGUUAUGUAUUAUUGUAUUUUGACUUGUUGCUUAACUUCUACAUGUUUAUUUUCAGUAAUGGCUGAAAGUGUUCAUUGUUCCAUAUUUUAGCACAAUGUGCUGGAUACACUUCUCAAAUAGCAAAUAAGGUUACAUGUAUACAGGAUUUCACUUUUCAUUAAAUAUUGCCUAGUUUUAGUCCCUUCCCCUUCAUCCCCAAUCUGAAAUGCUUCCUUUUUACUGUUUGAAAUGGAAAAUAAACAAUUAUUGAACCGUUUUGAAUUUA